AUGCCACGAUCGGCAGAGGCCAAGCAACAAAUGAUUAAAGAAUGUAAGAAGUACUAUUGGGAUAGGCCCCGGCAAAUGCUUGAAGUCACCGAAUUUCAACGAGUUUAUACACAAGAAACAGCGAUCAGUUGGUAUACCAAACCUUGUUUCAUCCAUCGUCUUGUCAAUGAGGCUCUGCGUACCGAAAAUAUUGCGAGUUUGUGGAUAUUUCGAUACUUCAUCGGUGAUCUUUGCACGAGUUUAAGAAAUGCGCGAAUGAAAAUUACUGAGCCUUUGGUUCUCUACCGCGGUACCAAAAUAGCUCAUUCGGAAAUUGUACAAUUACGAGUGGGUAGUCUCAUUUCUACAAACGGGUUUUUCUCAACAUCGCGUCAUCGUGACAUUGCAGAAUUAUUCAUCACAAGAAUGGAAUCAAUGAAUGAUCAUGAUCAUGAUCAUUAUGUAAUGUUUGAAAUUGUUAUUCAACCACACUCAUUCGAUGUGAUAAUAGCCGAUGUUGCUAAUCAAAGUGCAAUACCUGAUGAAGCUGAAGUACUUUUCGACCUAGGUACUGUUUUUGAGAUUCUUAGUUAUGAGAAAGAAGAUAAACAUCCAGUUUGGCACAUACGGAUACGUCCAUCAAGCGAAAUUCAAGAUGUUAGACAGGAUUUUGAACGUUUCAUUCUUACCCAGAUGGAAUACACGAGUCCUUUAAUACUUUUCGGUAUGCUUUUCUCCGAUAUGAGCGAAUAUAAAAAAAGUUUAACGUAUUUUCGGGAUCUUCUUCGCACUCAAAACCUAGGAAGAAAUGAUCUAGCGAAUGUCUAUUGUGGUCUCGCCAGAACAUAUCGGUUCAUGGGUCGACAUAAAGCAGCUCUGGCUCUCAUGAGACAAGCAGAGAGACUUCAGCGCCAAAUGCUCCCACGGAACAAUUUCGACUAUGCACGAACAUUAGCGAGUCUAGCAACCGUCUACGCCGUCAUGGAUGAAUAUCAACAUGAACUAUUUUAUUAUAAAAAAGCUUAUGCUUUAUAUCGAAAUAUUCUACCUACGCAGAAACACAUCGAAAUCGCUAGAAGCCUGAGUCGCUUAGGUCUUGCCUUUCUUCAUCAACAUCAGUACACUCGCGCUCUUUCAGUACUUAGUCGAUCUUUAAAAGUUCAUGAACAAACGAUGCCUGAAAAAAAUCCAUACAAAGCUGAUGCAGUCGAACUCGUUGGCAUAGCGCAUGAUUAUCUCGGCAAUGUAGAAAUCACGUUCAGUUACAUUGAAAAAGCAGUUGCGAUGAGGCAUACAUGUUUAAAUCAGGAUCAUGAAAGAAUGGAACAUAGUUACUUUAUACUUUCACACUUAUACGAAAAACACUGUAAGUAUCAGUUGGCUCUUAAGUAUGCUUAUCAACUUUUGGAACUACGAGAAAGAACAUUGUCGGUAAAUCAUCCAUCACUUCAAGAGACGCGUGAUUUAGUUGAAAAGUUGUGCAUCUUAACCAACGGUCAAUAA